AUGGCGAAAAGAGUUGCAGUCGUAGGAGGUUCAGGAAGUCUCGCGCGAGAAGUCAUCGAUGAAAUUCUCGCCAGGGGUUCCUACCAGGUGGUUAUCUUCAGUCGUGGGACCAAAGGUGCAGACUUGCCUAAAAACGUUCAGUGGAAACAAGUGGAUUACAAUGAUAAGGCUUCACUCGUUGAUGCGAUGGUGGAGGUUGACACAGUGCUCUCAUUCUUGGCAACUAUCGAUAUGGCUGUAGCCGCUGAAGUGCACAAGAAGCUUAUUGACGCGGCUGUCGAGGCCGGCGUCCGGAGAUUUGCACCUUCGGAGUGGGCUUCUAAGAGCGGCAGUGAGAUCACUCAUUAUAAGUACAAGGACACCGUCCGUGAAUAUCUGGAGGAAAUCAACUCUAACAAGAAGCAAAUCGAAUACUGUCUGUUCCAGCCCGGCAUCUUCACAGAUUACUUCGGACACCCGCAUUCGACGACAAAGCACUUUCCUACCUUCUAUGCUUGGGCCGACUUUCAAAAUCGCAGAGCUAUCGUCGCCGGAGAUGGCGAUGCUCCAAUUACCCUCACUACCGUUCGGGACAUGUCACGACUCGUAGCACAGGCAUUGGAAUACCCCGGGGAAUGGCCGACUGUUGGCGGCAUGCAAGGGACGCAGACCACUGUUUCUGGCCUUAUUGCACUGGGCGAAAAGCUCCGAGGCUCGUUCAAGGUUGAAAAGCCCUCUAGAGAGAGCCUUGAAGCUAAAAACGCCGACGUUUCCUGGUAUCCCUUGAUAGAACACCCGUCGCUUCCGGUUGAGAUGAGGGAGCAAGUAUCUAAAGCCAUUCUUGUGGAAUACGUUACCGCGGUGGAGAGGGGGGCAUGGUCUGUAUCGGAUGACUGGAACAAGCUCCUUCCGGAGUUUGAGUUUACCUCUGCAGAGAGCUAUCUGGGCAGUCUCUGGAAAUGA